AUGAAAUCAAAGUAUAAUCAGACGAAGCCGACCACCGCUGAAAAGCAAAAAGUUAGUAAUAGUUACGAUUUCCUGGAUAUAAUUGAACCUUUCGAUUUUGUCGGUCUUUACAAAACAGCUGCAGAAACCAAUAAGAUUAUUGAAAAAUAUAAAACUGAUGAUAGUACUUUGAAUAAAGAUAUUACCAAAAAUAAGUUAAUAACAAGUCCUAAACGUGAGCGUUCGUUGCGUAAAAGUAAUAUAAAGAACAAACAGGAACCCUUAGAUAUCUCUCGAAUCAACAUAGAUGCGUCGAGUUUAAACUCUGGUAAAGGUGCUUGUGCUAAAGUCAUUGACACUCAGUCUAACUCCACUCCUAUCACCAUUAGUCAAAAUCAGGGAGCAAGAGUAAAAUCUAUAAUGAAAAACUCCUCUACUAGUGAUGAGACACCGGACAGCACUAGAUCUCCUGCAUCAAGCAGCAAACCUAAAAAGAGGAAUAAAUCUGUCAGUUUUAUGCUGGAUGAUAAUGAAGAGGUGUUAGUAAAGAGAACUAAAUCUGAUGAUGCUAUCAAUGUCAACAAAAAAACUGAAAAACCUCAUGUCAAGGAAAAAAAGAAAGCAAAUAAAAGACUAUUUAAGAAGGAUAAGCAAAUAAAUCCAGCCACUGAGGUGGUUAUGCACAACAUGGAAAUCGACACGUCUCCUCGUAAUGAACCAAAAGCUGAUGAAGCCAAAAGUUCACAAACUAAGAAGCCUGUAUUGGGUUCAAGUUCAUCUACUCCUGAUAGCCCAAAUUUUGAGAAAAAAAAGAAGUUAAAAAAGACAAGGAAACCUAAGCCAGAGAUGACUGAAACUAAAACAGAGACGAGCAACAGUAAUGAAAUUACACCGGAAUCUAACAAUUUAAAAAAACUUAAAAAGAAGAAGCAAGUUAAACCAACAACGUCCAAUAAAAGAGAAAGUGGGGAUGGUGAUGACGAACCAGUGUCGAAGUCCCGAAAAACAGAUUCAAAGCCGGAUCUGGCUGAAGAUUUAGAAAACUUAAGUAUUGGGGACAAUGCUCACACAUUGUCUAGCAUGCUUGAUGAAAUGACAGUUGUUGAUAAAGACAAACGUAAAAAAAUGAAACAAAAGUUAAGCAAAAACAGAAAACAAAAGAGUCCUACUAAGGAAGAGUCAGAGAACACGGAAGAAGUUAAAGAGAAAGUGAAAUGGAAAAAGAGAAAAUGGAACAAGGAUAAAAAAGGGGAAAUAAGUGAUAGUAUUGUAGACAAUACAGUUGUUGUAGAAAAUCUACCAAUUAAUAUUGUGUUAAAUUAUAAGAAACUAUUGGCAGAUUACUUCAUAAAGUAUGGAUUAAUCAAGAAAGUUGGUAUGGCCGAGAUGUACCCUACUGAAGACAUCAGACCUGUCUUCACUACAACAAUUACCUUCAAUAGCGAUGGAGCUGCGGAACUGGCAUUAGAAGAAAACAAUACUACCUUUGAAGGGAGCAGAAUACGCGUAAAGCGGCUUCUCCCAGCAACGGUCACAACGCUUGUUGUGCGCUCCUACGGGGAGCUCAACGAUCAGAAUAUUAGCAGCACGUACCAGGGCUUUGGCAAGAUCAGGAGCAUCAGGCAUUUAGUCAAGGGGAAGAAAACUAUGGCAACAACGUUUGUUGAAUUCGACGGCCUAGAAGCGGUUGAGCGUGCCCUCAGCCAAAAGGCUGACAUCAGAAUUGGCGGGAAAAGGGUGCAUAUGUCAAAAUUCGAACCGCGUCCAAAGAAAAAAAAAGAAAAGAAAUCUAAGAACGAAGACAGCGCCGCAGACGCUGACAGCGAAGAUUCCAAUGAUUAA